AUCCAGGUUUCCUGGUGUAAUGGCUAGCACUGCGGAUUCUGAUUCCGCCAAUCUGGGUUCGAUUCCCAGGGAGACCUUUUCUUUUUUCUUUAACGUAUCAUUCGUGAUCCGAUAACUUGCACAUCAUCUUUUUGGUCCUACAUUAGGUACAUGUACAAUACGUUACCUACGUCUAGACUUCGAAAAGAGUGUACCUUCCUUAGGCAGUGGAAACCCAAGCCAAGAACUGCGCUAAAAUUACGUCUCAGGCGACGUUCUGCAGCUCGUCGUACGGAUGGCUUUACAUUCUGCAACUGAGAGCAGUAAACUAAUAUUUGCUCCCGCGGGCAGAGAGGCUCAUGGACAAGCAGAACAAUUCACUAGAGGUGUGUUAACUCGCUCAGACCUGGACGCAACCUCGCCCAUUCGUCAGUUUCAUAAGUGGUUCGCUGCAGCCCAACGGUCUGGACGCGUUGCUCACCCAGAGACGUGCUGCCUAUCCACUGCUUCGCUGCCGUCCGGCCGUGUAUCUUCCCGCGUGGUUUAUCUGAAAGAACUAGAUGCCGAAGGAUUCGUUAUCUAUAGCAACUUUGAUACUAGCAAGAAGGCUCGGGAUCUUGCCACAAACCCUUGGGCAAGCCUCACCUUUUGGUGGGAAGAUCUUGAGCGACAGGUGAGAGUCGAGGGUCGGGCGAGUAGGCUCACACGCGAGGAGAGCCAGAAAUAUUUCGAUACCAGGGUCCGUGGAAGCCGUAUUGGUGCUUGGUCAAGUCGCCAGAGCCAGGUCUUGAAACCGACCAAAGGAGGCGACGGUGAAGAGGAAGAUGACGGACGAAAGAUACUCGACGAAUGGGUUCGAGAGACUGAAAAACGAUUUGAAGGACAAGAAAACAUUCCGGUUCCAGACUUCUGGGGUGGUUUGAGGAUAAUCCCCGAAUGUGUGGAAUUUUGGCAAGGCCGACAAAAUCGCCUCCAUGAUCGGUUUGUUUACGAGAAGAAGACACCGGUAGGAGAAGAAGGUGUAGAAGAAUGGACUCUCGAGAGGCUUAGUCCGUAAAGAUAAUUGGUUUAUAUCCGACACACUCAAAGUGUCAAGUCUGCUAGACCUUAACGUUGGCAGUCACUUGUUAGCUACCUUCACAUACAAGACAUUUUUUUUAGAACUCAAACACCGUUGUCGAUUGCUUCCUAUAUGGGUAUCGGUAACCAAAAGCACUAUCGCG